GAAGUUUUUUUUUUAUUUUUAGGACAUAGUAAAUUAUAUUUCAAUUAUGGACAAUAAUUGUAAAAUAAUUCGGAUUUUUACAUAGAUUAUCGGUCUUUUUGUUACUAAUUGUGCAUAUGAAAAUAAUGAGAUGACAUUGCUUUGUUUCAAGAGCAGGAAGUUUACGCCAAAAAGUGCGACUGCGCACUGGCCAAAUUAGUAGUGUGAAAGAAAAUGGCGAUCAGCGAAAGGCGUCCGGAGUUAACGUGAUGAAAAACAUUGUUCAAAGCUCAAUUACAUAGUGUUUUAGUUAUUAAUUGUGUCAGAUGUAGAUUAAUUAAGUGUUAAUGAAUAGUGAUUGUGUAUAAAAAUGGCUGCGAAUAUGUACAGAGUCGGCGACUGCGUCUAUUUUGAGACGUCGCCGAAGUCUCCGUACCAAAUCCGGCGAAUAGAGGAGCUGAACAAAACAGCGUCGGGUAAUGUGGAGGCGAAAGUUAUGUGUUUCUACAGGCGGCGAGACCUGCCCAACCCCCUCAUACAGUUAGCUGAUAAGCAUCAAAUGGCUCAGUCGGAAGACUCGCCGAUCGCAAUGAAACUCAAAAAAAUAUGCCUUAAGACGCCAGUUGGCGAAGAACAGGCGGCACAAGCAGUGUUAGACCCAGCGUUAGCGGCGAUGGAGGAGGAAUCUAGUGAUCUACCAGGCACAGACGGACUGGCGCCGAAGCAACGGCACCAGGCGAAACACCGCGAACUGUUCCUUUCCCGGCACGUGGAAACGCUGCCGGCCACACACAUCCGCGGCAAGUGCACCGUCACGCUGCUCAACGAGACGGAGUCGCUGCUCAGCUAUCUCAAUAAGGAUGACGCAUUUUUUUAUUGUUUAGUAUUUGAUCCUUCACAAAAGACUUUAUUAGCAGAUAAGGGAGAAAUCAGAGUUGGAAGUAGAUAUCAGACUGAAGUAACUAAUUUAUUAAAAGAAGGCGAAGAAGACCCACGCAACGGCGAAGAAUUGGAAACUCUUGUUUGGACGCCGGAGCAUGGUCUGACGGACCGACAGAUUGACCAGUUCCUGGUGGUGUCCAGAUCUGUGGGUACCUUCGCGCGCGCCCUCGACUGCUCCUCUAGUGUGAAGCAACCCUCGCUGCAUAUGUCCGCCGCAGCCGCCAGUCGAGACAUCACAUUGUUCCACGCUAUGGACACGCUACACAAGUCCGGCUACAGCAUAGAGUCGGCGCUAUCGUCGCUAGUGCCCGCGUCGGGACCGGUGUUGUGUCGCGACGAGAUGGAGGAGUGGUCAGCGUCAGAGGCCAAUUUGUUUGAGGAAGCGCUCGACAAGUACGGCAAGGACUUUGCGGAUAUCAGGCAGGACUUUCUGCCGUGGAAGACGUUGAAAAAUCUUGUGGAAUACUACUACAUGUGGAAAACGACAGAUCGCUAUGUGCAACAGAAGCGCGUCAAGGCAGUCGAGGCAGAAUCCAAGUUGAAACAAGUGUACAUUCCCAACUACAACAAACCGAACCAGGCGUUGAUUAGUUCGAGCGCCGGCGGCGGCAAGACGCCCGCUGUACUCAACGGCGGAACCAAUGGCACCGCCGCGUUACCGCCCGCACAAAUCUGCCUUUCAUGCCAAGUGACUACGUCAAACCAGUGGUAUAUGUGGGGCCCAGAACAUUUACAAUACAGAUUGUGUGGUUCCUGUUGGCAAUAUUGGAAGAGAUAUGGUGGGCUAAAGACCGCAAAUGCAUUCGGUGAGAGUGAAGCGGAAGCGACGAAAGUACGACCCGACGGUGAUGAGACCGCCCUCUCCGCAUCACAUCGCCCGCAUCGUUGUACAGUACUCAACUGUGCUAAGGAGUUCAAGUUGCGCGCUCACCUGGCGCGCCACGUGGCGACGGCGCACGGCACGGGCGAGGGCGCGCGGCCCGUGAUGAAGACGCGCGCCGCGUUCUACCUGCGCGCGUCGCCCUUCACGCGCCUGGCGAGGAGGCUCGCGCGCGCGCUCAGGCGUCCCAGACACUUCGCGCGCUCGCCAUUCUCGCCGAUCAACCUGCAACAGGUCAAACACGAGUGUGAGUAUAUACGCCGUUUUAAUAUAUAGUUAUAUUUCACUAGCUCACCCGACACACGUUGUCCUGUAUUGUCAAAUGAAUUUAAAUGUUUACAGUACGCAUUCUGUCAGUUCUAUGUCAAACGUCAUAAGGUUGCAUUAGAAAUGUUUAUAUUAUCCAAAGCGCUAAGGUUAGAUUUUAAAAAUAUAUAUUUAGUGGUUGAACAUUCUUAAUUUUUCAUUUUACAUACAAUUUUCUUUUUGUCUUUUAUAAGAACCUUGUUCUGACGAUAAAAAAUACAACAAAAAAGAAUUUGUAAAAUAGAUCCAGCCGUUCACGUGCGAUGACGUGACCGAGAGAAAUAAGGAUUCAUUUCUAUAUAUCGACGCUGAAAAGCAAACACGUAGUAACCUGCAAAACCAAAAUGGACAUUUGUAGUGGAAUCACUUUAUAUUUUUCCAAGAAAAAUCUAUUUUCCGUAUAAAUUGACUUAGGAACAUCUUAUUUGUUACCAUGGACGUUAUAGGAAUAGUAGUAUAAUUUUUUUUUUCAGUAAAACAAAACUACAAAUAUUAGAAUUAAUUUUGUAUGCAAUGUACAGUUAUUACUUAAAAUAAUAUUCUUAAACAUAAUCAAGUCUUAUCACUGAAAAUUAUGUUCAAAAUAUAUUCCUUCUUUCUCUAUAUAUGAUGUCAUUUUUAAACAAAAUCGGUUGUGAAAUCUGGAGA